AUGCCAAUGGCGUCUUUCCAGAAAGGCCCGUUAUCCGCCAACAUGAGGACCCUCCAUCCCAGAUCCAGAGUUCCCCGAACCUAUUCGGUCAAUAGAGUCCAAGCUCGAACACUUUGGUGGUGGGGACGGCAGACAGGGAACCCUUGGUCUCCCACCGAGGACUUUGAAGAGCGCAUGAGAAGACACCACAAGAUAAUGAAGUCAAGAUACUACAAAGUGCUUCGAAGGAGAGCGUUGUGGGAGUCAGAAGAUACGUAUGUCCGGCCGUGGCGUCAUCAUCGCCUUUGGGCAAGCCGAUAUUGCGAUUACAAGCCAUUGUCUUCCACGGGAGCCCCAGGCCAGGAAGCAAAGGAGCCUGAUCAUGAGAAAGCCAAUGAGGCUCGGACUAUAUACAACGACUUCGAUGCUUUUCGGGCGGCUGUCGAUCGUGCUAUUGCACGAGACCCGUACGGAACUUUGUUCGGAAGGCGGUUGCAAAGUCCUCCAUCUUCCAAUAACUCAUCGUGGACCUCCUUCUCGUGGUUCUCAGACCCGAAGGAGAUCAAGAAGGACCCAGGUGUUAAGGAGCCAGACCCUACUCCGAAUGUGGAUACUAAAAGCUCAACUGAAAGAGAAACCUGUUUCUCGGAGCAAGCCACCAAGAAGUCGGCUACGGAUGGUAUUGAGGAGGAAUAUGAAUACGAUCCAAUCUCUAUGAGAAAGAUCCUCGUAAAGAAGCAACCGGCCGAGCCUGAACAAAAGGAAGAGCCUCAGCGAGAACACCGACCUGUAGUACCGGAACCUGAAAAGCAAUCCGAGCGACCCAAACCAGAAACACUAUCGCCCAAUAACCCAUUAAAGCAGCCAUUCUUGAAGAGUCUGUUCUUCCAAGAACAUGGGGUUGAUAUACCAGUCAAGACCUAUAAGCCUCACAAAGUCUACGGAUAUGGUGACUUGGCAAAGAAAAGUACUGAUGAACAAACAGCCACAUCUACCAAAACCGAGGGGUUUGACAGCUCGAGAAAACAAGAAUUCCGGGAUCUGAUGACCCGAGCCAAGGGUAACAACAUCGACACCACUGCCCCGUUCACGGAGGUCAGCGCACAGCCUGAGUUGGAGACAGCUGCCAUGGACACCACUGCUCCUAAGAAGGUUCGAGAGUCGCCUGAGCCAGAUGAUACUCUGCCGCUAUUCUCAGGAACCACCUACGAGGCAAAGGCUCGGAAGGAAGCGGCCGUCAAUGCGUCAGAUUGGCUGGUCAAAGAAGGUUUCCGGCAAGAGACUCCAGGUUCAGAAAAUGCCAUGGACGCGGCGGACUCUUCCAUCAAUGAACCUAUCAAGGAAACCAAGGAUAGGCUUGAGCCGGCCCUCGACAGAGUGAAAGCACAAGCUGCUCACGAUCAAAAGGGCAAGGUGACCAGACUGCAGACUGCUCUCGAUCGGCAAAUUUCUGCAUCUAUCCGGCUCCCUCAUUCGACAGAAAAAGAUACGGGAACAAGUGAUGCAGUGGCGGCGUCAACAAAGGAGAAAUCGGAGACUGGGGACUUGAAGAAGACUUCAAGGGCACAACUUGAAACUGAUUUCGAGGCCCGUCAAAAAGACGCCGCAAACGAAGACAUCGUCCCGCCCAAGACCCUGAAGCUCGACGCUCCCACCAACAAAUUGACUAAAACCCUCAACAAUGUGUGGGAGCACAUCCGGGAAUACCCCAAUGGAAUCGUCGCCAAAACAAUGAAGUCCAUGACGAAUUUCAACGAGAACUACAAGAAGUAUAUUCGGCCCGACGCGGUUAAGGGAUUGACCGACAAGCUCGUCUUUAAAGACGAAUCAUUGAGCAAAACUCCUUCCAUUUAUAAGUCCAAUCCCAAACCCCGAACAUUGGCACCUUUUACUCCUUCACACGAUGUCCUCGUGGAUGAUAAAGAAGGCAUGCAACGGACAGCUGACCUACGCGAGGCGACGGAGAAUGCGAAGAGAAUUGCCGAAGUGGAAACGGCCCAGGUGUCGCGAUUGGCUGCAGAUAUACAAGCGGUCUAUGAGAGCGAAUAUGGGCCCAUCAACCCCGAACAUAGGCAGCCUACACCACCCUCUCCUCAGCCCGAAGCUGCGUCUUCCGCCUCUGGACCUAAUCUAUCCAGACCUCACCCGCUAUCUACGGCGAGCGUUCGACCAGGAGUGUCUACGAAUCCAGUGAUUGAUGAUCAUAUCAGCAAAUUUGAGCCCAAUUAUGCAAGGAUCGUGGACGAGAUGAAGCAGAUCCGUGCCGAGCUGCGAGAUGUUGCCAUCAAGGCUCGGGAGCUUGAAGGGUUGAGACAGGUAGCAAGCCCAGCCGAGGAAGCGAAACCACCUCUCCACAAGUUAAGCGACGUUAUGCAGGGGGCCAAAGAGGUGAGGCGGGAGCUACAUGAAGCUCAGAACACGAUUCGACGGAUCGAAAGCGGAAGGCCAGCAAUUGCUUGGAGUGCUCCUCAGCUGUCGGGUUCCGACUUUGGUAAGAAGAGGAUUGACCUUAACGUGCAGAAGACUCCCGAAGCCGUUGGUGAAAAGGAUACACAUAUCGAAUCUGAGAUGCAAACGACCGAGAAGGAGCCGAAAACGGUACCUGAACCAGUUCACACCCCAUCGGGAUCACCAGUUUGGAACGAUGAGCAACCACCACCAAUCGAGAGCAUGAAAAUCCGAAAGUUCGACUCGCCGUAUCUCAUCCUCACCUAUGACACCUUGGCCGAGAAGGUCAACUUUUCUCCGAUGAAUCAACCAACCACCGAAAUGCCCAAAUCCAAUAACGUGAUUGGUAUUCUAGGACGUCUUAAAAACGCGCCGGAAUUUCUCAAGCAUUUCCAAACAAUGCAAAGAGCAGGAUAUUCGCUGUAUAAUGGAACCGAGAACAUGUUGAUUUUUCAAAAGAAGCCAUCAGAACAUGCUGGUGGUUCAAGUGUGUCGCAGGCGGUAACAGAGGCAAAAUCACUGCCAGACGAGGCAACAUCGAACUCUGAAGCCCACGACUCUCCUCGGCUACCAGAUCAGGAAGCUGCCACGGUGUUGGAUGGACUGCCCACCGAGUUGAACCCUCUCCCGGGUCCAGCCGCUCCGACAGCCCCUCCAUCUCGUCCGAUUGGAAGUGCGCCGAGAGUGAGAAGGCAAGAGAAUGUCUUUUCUGGGACAAUCCGUCCAAAUGCGUCGUCCUCGUCAUCAUCCCCAGCGACAGACGGGGGUGCUCCAGGGUCGAAUACUGACAGGGACAGUCAUGAAACACAGAGCGAAGGGCUCUGGAAGCGACUAACGCGUGGCUUUAAAUACACGCUGUUGACUGUGGCAGCUCUGGGUCUCGGCGCCUACUCUAUCGGAUUUGUCGCAGAAGGGCUAAGCGCGCACGCCCAGCAGCAGAGAGGAGUCGAGGAUGGAGAAGUCCAAGGACCAAGAAAGCGGAUUGUCAUGACCGGUCAGAGACCGGGGAUCUUCAGCACAGAAAGUUCCCGAUGA